AUGAUCUCGUGUUUAGCUUUCAACGAAAAGGGAGAGCUUGGAGUUGAUUUAUUUGAGGAGAUGUUGUCGAAAGAUGUGAAACCAAAUGAUGCCACUUUUGUGGGAGUUUUAGCAUGUUGUGCACAUGCAGGGUUGGUGCAACAAGGUUUGGAUUUGUUUGCUUCGAUGACUACAAAGCAUCAAAUUGAACCAAAACUUGAACAUUAUGGAUCGAUGGUUGAUCUUCUUGGGCGGAGUGGAUGUGUGAAGGAGGCUCACGAUUUAAUUCGCACCAUGUCUAUGAACCCUAAUGCUACUAUCUGGGUUGCAUUGCUAAGUGCUUGUCGUACUCAUGAUAAUAUUGAGCUUAUAGAAAGUGCUGUGAAGGAGCUUAUUGAUAUUAGACCUUGGAAUUCCGGUAAUUAUGUGUUGUUGUCAAAUGUUUAUGCAGAAAGAGGGAAAUGGGAUGAAGUUGAGAAAGUGAGAGCGUUGAUGAUGGAAAAUAGAAUCAACAAAGCACCAGGACAGAGCAUGGUUGGAUAG